AUGGAAACAGCGCCUAUUGUGAUUGAUAAUGGGUCCUAUGAAAUCAAGUUUGGUCCUUCCACAAAUGAAAAGCCGUUUCGAGCUUUGAAUGCAUUGGCCAAAGAUAAAUUUGGAACGUCAUAUUUAUCAAACCAUAUCAAAAACAUCAAGGAUAUCUCGUCCGUUACUUUCAGAAGACCGCACGAAUUGGGACAACUAACGUUGUGGGAGUUGGAGAGUUGCAUAUGGGAUUAUUGUUUCUUCAAUCCAAUAGAGUUCGAUGGGUUUGAUCUAAAGGAGGGAAAGGGACAUCAUUUGGUCGCUAGCGAGAGCUGUAUGACUUUGCCAGAACUGAGUAAACAUGCUGACCAGGUGAUAUUUGAAGAAUAUGAAUUUGAUAGCCUUUUUAAGUCGCCUGUAGCGGCAUUCGUACCAUUCACUAAAUCAUAUAAGAGUAAAAUGAAAGCUAUCUCCGGUAAGGACGAAGAUGCAGACAUCGUUGUUAGUAAGUCAAACGAAGCAGAUAUGCCAUCCAAUAAUCCCAGGGAUACACAAAAAUUUGAUAGCGACUAUCAUGAUUUUCAAUUGGUUAUUGAUUCCGGGUUCAACUGUACUUGGAUCAUUCCUGUCCUAAAAGGCAUACCGUACUAUAAAGCAGUAAAAAAAUUGGACGUUGGAGGCCGUUUCCUUACUGGGUUACUAAAAGAAACCUUGUCGUUCAGGCACUACAAUAUGAUGGAUGAAACGAUACUUGUUAAUAAUAUCAAAGAGAAAUGCCUGUUUGUUAGCCCAGUUUCCUAUUUUGAUAGUUUCAAAGUAAAGGACAAGCAUGCACUAGAAUAUGUGCUACCCGAUUUCCAAACUAGUUUUCUUGGUUACGUGAGGAAUAGGAGAAAAGAAAAUAGCCCGUUAGCGGAGGAUGCACAAACUAUAACUUUGACGGAUGAGCUAUUCACAAUACCAGAAACAUUUUUCCACCCAGAAAUUGCACAAAUAACAAAACCAGGCAUUGUGGAAGCAAUUCUAGAGAGCCUUUCCAUGCUACCAGAGAUAGUACGACCUCUCAUGGUAGGAAACAUCGUGUGCACGGGAGGAAACUUCAAUCUGCCCAAUUUCGCCCAACGGCUUGCAGCAGAGUUACAAAGGCAAUUACCCACAGACUGGACUUGUCAUGUAUCGGUGCCUGAAAGUGAUUGUGCCCUCUUUGGAUGGGAAGUAAUGUCUCAAUUCUCAAGCACCGCUUCCUACCGGAAUGCCAGGGUCACAAGAGAAGAAUACUAUGAGCAUGGUUCUGAUUGGUGCACCAAGCACAGGUUUGGCUACCAGAAUUGGAUAUAA